ACUUUUUAUUGAGGUGUGCUCAUAAACAGCUGGAUAGUUUGUAAAGAAUCCCUCAGACUGAGGCGAAAGCAAACGGUCAUGGCAGCUCUGACUCUGACUCUUCUUGUUUUAGCCGGUGUUUCCUGCAGCCAGGCUUCAGAUUGCUCCUACUCUUCUCUGUUGAAUCACCUCAACCUGGAUGCGACAAAUAGCGCUCUUCAGAUUGAACGUCCUGUGAAAAACUGGAACACAACCACAGAGGUUCAGCUGGAAAUGAUUCUGGGCGGCAUUUUAGACGUGGAUGAGAAGCUUCAAACUGCGACAAUUCACAUUUAUGUCAAAAUGUGUUGGAUAAAUGAACAUCUGACCUGGAAUUCCUCUGAGUUUUGUGGGAUAAACAUGCUGACCAUUCCUGUUUCAAUGAUCUGGGUUCCAGAUAUAAUCAUACAGGAGGAUGCCUCUGAUAAUAUAAAUUCUCAAGACGAUCCUCUGGUCAGCGUGUUUCCGGACGGGAAGGUCGAUGUGGUCAAACGGCUUCAGCUGACCUACAUCUGCAAGUUCAACCUCUUCAGAUUCCCGUUUGACAUCCAAACCUGCAACAUCACGUUUUCAUCCCUGAAUUAUGACGAGAGUCUGUUGAAGCUGGUAAAAUCCACCGACGACUCCACCCUGACGAAGCUGCUGUGUCUCAACAUGCUGACUGAGGGGGAAUGGAAGCUGGUGAAGAUAGAAAGCAUCAGUUUCAUGUCUGUCGGUCAUAGAAGUGCACUUGUCUACCAGAUCUCCCUGGAGAGGAAACCUUUUCUUUACGUCAUCAACUUGAUUUUGCCCUUGUUGUUUUUGCUGGUUCUGGAUUUGGCCUCGUUCUUCAUCAGUGAGAGCAGCGGCGAGAAGCUUGGCUUCAAGGUGACGAUCCUGCUGUCCGUCUUCGUCCUUCUGCAGAUUCUUAAAGACAUUUUACCGUCCACUGAGGACUCUCUGCCGCUGAUGGCCAUCUACUGUGUUUCAGUUUUCACCCUGGUGUGGAUCAGCGUGUUGGAGAUGAUGCUGAUGAGCCAGUUUAAGGAUGUCGCCUGCUGUGUUGGUGAGGAACGCCAAAAUGCUGAGGUCGUCAAAGUGAAAGAAGCUGGUAACAGAAACGAAUCUGCAGGAACAGAUAAACCAGAGGAGAAUAACUCUCCGCUGGAUUUACCUGGUGAUCCACGGCUGCCGAAAUUCAUCAUGGAUAGAACGAAACCCGGUCAAAAACCCCCAGAAACACAGAAAAACAUGGAAAAGUCCAACAGGCUUAGAUGGGUUAAAAUCUUUGACUCUGUAUUCUUCGUCCUGUAUUUUACCACUGUUGUGCUUUCACAGGUUUUUUUAUUUAGUCUUUGGAAAUUUCACAUUUAAAACCAAUUUCUGAAACUUCUCCCAGUGCUUUCAGAAAGUGCGCUGUGUCAGUCAAACGUCCAGGAAGGUCAGUCAGCGCUGCACUGUAGGAGCU